GAAUCAGGAAGUCAGGUCACCUGACUGGCUGCAAGUCAUGUGACUAAUCAUGCCAAGCACUUCAUGCUUCUUUGUGAGGCGAGGCCUUUUUAACAUGGACUCACAUUGAGCUGUAAAGUCAGGUGGAAAGGAAGCAGUAAUUUGGUUGACGAUCUGGCGAGACUGAGUCUGUCCUCCCUCUGAACUCAUCCGACCACCUCACAUGCCUGAAUGGCCCCUCCCACUCCUGACAUCACCAGAACCAGAGUUUCAGGCUCUGGGACAACGUCGACUCCAAGCGCUGAUGGCGGCUGAGGCCUCUGGGCAGGAGCUGUUCUCCGAGCAGGAACUGACGUGCUCUAUCUGUCUGGACCUGUUCACCGACCCAGUGACGACACCAUGUGGACACAACUUCUGCCAGGGCUGUAUCGGGGGUUACUGGGCGUCGAGUCCCCACUCCACAUGUCCACUGUGCAAGCGUCAGUUUGAGGAACGUCCGCGGCUCAGCAUCAACCGGACGUUUGCUCUCAUCGCUGACAAGUACAAGGUGAUGCACUAUGGCGGCGCCGCCUCGGCCCUACUCGGAGGCUCAGACGGCGUCAGUUUGGCCGCCUUGCCGGCACAAGGCUCGGACGACGCCUUACUGGCGGCACUCCCGGCCCUGGAGGAGAUGGUGUGGUGUGACGUCUGCACCGGGAUCAAACAGCCGGCCGUGAGCUCCUGCCUGACCUGCACAGCGUCCUACUGCAGCGAGCACGUGCGGCCACAUCACAGCACGCCCUUCUAUUCCAAACACCCGCUCAUGGACCCACAGGAGGCCCUGCGGGGCCGCACCUGCUCGCUGCAUCGCCGCCUGCUGGAGGUGUUCUGCCGCACGUGUCAGCGCUGCAUCUGUGCGAUCUGUGUUCUGGAGGAGCAUCGAACCCACACCACCGUCUCGGUGCAGACGGAGCGACAGAGCAAACAGAAGCAUAUUUCCAGGACGGAGCAGGAGAUUGUGAAUCGGAUCAAGGAGAAGGACAUCACCGUGUCGGAGCUGAAGAGGAAACUGGAGGCUCUGAAGAACUACGCUGACGGAGAACGCUCCCAGGUGGAGGAGCUGCUGGACGGUGUGUCCACUUGUCUUGCCCAAAUCCGGUCUCAGGUGGUGGGUGGGAUUCAGGACCAGCUGGACGCCGUCAUGUCGAAGGGCGAAGGGCGGGUCAAGCGCCUGGAGGAGGAGCUGGGACUGUUGACAGACAGGCGGGGGACCCUGGAAGCCCAAGCCAUCAGCCAGGAUCACAUCAGCUUCCUGCAGAGCUUCGCAGAGGCGGCGUCACCGUUGGAGGAGCCUGAGGAUGAAGAGGAAGCAGACCUGUCCCUCCACUUCCAGCUGUCGGAGGUGAAGAGCGCCCUCUGUGAAGUGAAGGACAGAAUGGCCGACAUGACGGAGAGGAUCGCCGAGGUCGGCAUCAACCACGGCUCCAGAGGGUCCUUUUCUUCAGGGGAGACUCUGCUGGCCGAGGGCUACCAGGGUCUGAGAGGAGCUGCGGGACUAAGGAAGAGUCAGUGGUCCAUCAGAGAUCUGAAGAAAAUCAAGCCAGUCUCAGGUCACAAGAAAGCUCGAGUCUAUGAAGAUGACGUCACGCUGAACCCGGUGACGGCAUACCCGUUCCUCAUCCUGUCCGAGGACCGGAAGCAACUCAAGCGGGGCGAGAAGCUGCAGUUCUACAGGAACAGCCCGCAGCGCUUCGACGUCUGGUCCUGUGUGAUCGGCAAGGACGGCUUCAGCGCCGGGCGCCACUACUGGGAGGUAUUUGUCGGAGAGAACAAGGACUGGAAGCUGGGCGUCGUCAUGGAGACGGCGCAGAGGAAGGGCCUUUUUGAUAUGAGUCCGCCAAAUGGAUACUAUGCCCUCUGGUGGAGCAGCAGCCAACUUAGGGCACUAACCACGCCCCCUCUCACCAAGGUCAAGGCUCCUCCCAAACUGCGUCAGGUGGGCGUUUUCCUGGACAUGGAGGCUGGACAAGUGACCUUCUACAACUCCAAGUCUGGGUCCGAGUUGUACAACUUCACCGGGGCGGAGUUCUGCGGGCGAAUGUUCCCGCUGUUCGGCACCGGUGACAAAGAUGUUCCGCUGGUGCUGAUGACGUCACAGCAGCAACUCACCUGAGCCGCGGCUCAUAUCAACGCUCUCAGCCAGUGGUCAUGUGACAUCAUCGCGUCAGGCUGACUGGUGUGAAAGGUGAAUGGUGAAGGUCCGAUGAAGGAGACAAUCAAUAAAAGUACUGAUUGGUUGAAUACUUGAAUGGAU